UUUCUUUUCUCGAUCUCUUAUCGGUCUCCAGAGCGACUUCGGCCGGUGAGCAGCGCUCAGCACUCGUCGUGCUCCUCUUCUCACCUCACCCUCAUGAGCGUGUCCGUGGUGCUCGGCUGUCAGUGGGGCGACGAGGGCAAGGGCAAGCUUGUCGACAUCCUCGCCGCCGACGCUGACAUCUGCGCGCGCUGCGCGGGCGGAAACAAUGCCGGUCACACCAUCGUCGUCCCCAUCGGCCCCAAUCAGGUCAAGAUGACCUUUGCGUUCCACCUACUCCCAAGCGGUCUGGUGAACCCGAAGUGUACGGGACUGAUCGGGACUGGCGUCGUCGUGCAUGUGCCGUCGUUUUUUGCCGAGCUGGAUGCUCUGCAGGCAAAAGGGCUGGAUUGCUCGAAUCGCCUGUUCAUGUCCGAUCGCGCGCAUCUAGUCUUUGACUUUCAUCAGAUUGUCGAUGGGCUGAAAGAAGCUGAGCUCGGUGGCUCGAGCAUCGGCACGACGAAGAAGGGCAUCGGCCCGGCUUACUCCUCCAAGUCCUCGCGAUCCGGCCUGCGUGUGCAUCAUCUAUUCGACCAUGAGCUCUUUGCCGAAAGGUUCCGCAGGCUCGUAGAGGGGCGUUUCAAGCGCUAUGGGCACUUCGAGUACGAUACGGAGGGCGAAAUUGCGCGGUACAAAGUCCUUGCUGAGCGUCUCCGCCCAUACGUUGUCGACGGCGUCGUCUUCAUUCACAAGGCGCUCUCAUCAGGCAAGCGCGUUCUUGUCGAGGGCGCCAACGCGGUCAUGCUCGACAUCGACUACGGCACCUACCCAUACGUGACGUCUUCGUCCACCACCAUCGGUGGAGUGUGCACGGGUCUUGCGAUCCCGCCCAAGCUGAUUGGGACCACCGUCGGCGUGAUGAAGGCGUACACGACGCGUGUCGGCGGCGGGCCGUUCCCGACUGAGCAGCUGAACGACAUUGGCGUGCACUUACAGGAGGUCGGGAAAGAGUAUGGAUCGACGACUGGGCGCCGGAGGAGGUGUGGCUGGCUGGACCUCGUGGUGAUGAAGCACUCGUACCUCGUCAAUGGCUACGACACGCUGAACCUGACCAAGCUCGACGUGCUCGAUGACCUUGCAGAGAUCAAGAUUGCCGUGAAGUAUCUCGUUGAUGGCAAGGAACUCGAGGGCUUCCCUGCUGACCUGGAGUUACUCUCGAGAGUCGAAGUUGUCUACGUCACGCUCCCAGGCUGGAAGACGUCGAUAGCAUCUGCAAAAUCCAUCGCUGAUCUCCCGGGGAACUGCAAGAAGUACGUUGCGUACAUCGAGGAGUUCUUGAAUAUACCGAUUGAAUGGAUCGGCGUCGGGCCGGGGAGAGAAAGCAUGUUGCAGAAGAAGGGACGAUUAGUGCUGUAG